UAGUUGCUGACAUGCGGUUUUGUGAGGUUAGCAUAAGUCACAACAGUAGUAUAAGCACAAUGUACGCAGUAUUCUUUUGAUAAAUCUCUAAUUGAUUGUGCAAAAGAAACGCUGGGAAUCUUAACUCGAAGGAUGGGCUAUUUUUUUUGAAAAAAUUCAGCAUAUUUCAAAACUGUUAGAGGCUUGUUCACGUGGAACGUGUACACCUCUUAUCUUGAAAGUCUUGUGCUUCGGUUAACUGAUGACUUAGGGAACAUUUAAAUUUAACAUUUGAUGCCGUAAGUGUUUUAGCUAGUGGUAGUAGGGCCGUAAUGAAGUAGGGACGACCACGAGCGAACGAAGAUCUCGAAGCGAAAAUUAUAUCGAGUGAGAUCGGAUGCUUAGUUCCCUCCUGUUUACGGUGUUUGUGGCCGAAGGCGAAACUCGUGGAAAGUUCGGACACCUGGUGAGCCAAACGGGCUCCAGGUGCCUGUUUCUUAAACCACAAGCAUCAUGGGAAGGAAGAAGAGGAAGAACAUUUUGGUCUUGUAUGUCCAGACUUGUGACAAUUUUAACAGAGCCUGGACUGUUUAGAGGAGAUAGGCUUGAGGGCAUCAUUUGUAAUUGGAAUGGACUGUUUCCCAGGCCUGAUAGACUUCUCCUACUUCAAAUGAAGGAGAGGCUGCAAAAAAGUUGUGUCUACUGCAAGUCCCACAGCAGUGUCUGCAUGGGAUGCUCCACAGUGGACAAGACAUGCUCCCUUUUCAACUUAUAAAGCUGAAAGAAGCUGAAGCAAGAAAAUUUUCUCACAAUCAUGUUCAGACAGAGACUACCUCAAGGUGUUCACCUGGUCAGUGAUUUGAUGUAUAUGAACAUGCAACUAGCAAUAUUGGUGAUUGUUGUCAAUGUCACUUUUAAGGCUUUCAAGCUCUUUAACUUCCAGUGGAGUAUUCUCUCAAGGCAUGGUAGCAAAUCCUGCAAUCUGAGUGGCUUUAAGUGUGGUACAGAUUUUCUUUGCCCAUGGCACGGUAAGCUUUCAUGAGGCAAUGAGAACAUCCCAAGCUCCAUUGUCAUUUUUCAUAAAUAUGUUUUGUUUUGCCCACUGGGCAAUAUUUCCAAGCAAAGUAUUUUAAAGGAAAUCAAGCCAAUUCAUAACUUAUUAAUUUUUUCUUUUCUCUCUCUGGAAUCACUUUGGUUGCUAACAAAAAUAUUGUUUGAAUCGAAUUUGUAGUAGCAAAUGUGUCAUAUUAAAUGGGUUAACACACAGCCUAUAAACAGCAUUAAGUAACUUUAAUCUUUCACAAAAAGUCACCGAGGAAGUUAAAACUGUGAGAUAUUUGUUUACAAUUGAAUUAAGCAAUGGAACAUUCGUUCAUUUAAUAUCUGAAUUUUCUCGCACUAUUUUUUCAUUGUGAAAUGGUGAGCAAGGUAAAGCACUUCAACUACAAAAAUAAGGAUUGUUUUCUAGAACUCAACCAUUUAUUUUUGCAUUUCUCAACCUCAAGGUUGUUGAAGCAAUGGCAUGCAAUGCAUACAAACAAGAUAAUAAAUCAUAAAAACUAAACAAAAUGUCAAUGUUCAGUUGCAACAGAAAUUUUCACUCCUAAGUUACAAAUAUGCUUUUGGUAAGUCUUCAUGAGUCUUCCAUCAGCACCAAACAGAUUCACUAUGAAUGAUGUUAAAUAGUGAAGCUGAAAACAAACAUUACUUGCCACAUUUCAGGAAAUAUUGCUUUCACAAGAGUGGUUUUGCUUUGUUUGUACUUUUUAUUCAUGCUUAGCAUUAUGUGAUGAUGAUCUUCAUGACAAUUUUAACAGAUGCUCAUUCUUAUUUACUUUUGCUAGAGUUGGGUACCGUGUUUUAUUGACAGUGAGCGGCAUUAUGUUCAAUUUUGUUGGUAAUGAAUAGCUCAACAUUUCAGAUAAGAGAAAAAUGGUUUCACUUAGUCAUUCUUUUACAUUCACACUUAAGAUUCAAGUAAAAAGAACAAAUCAAAUCAUAAACAAUAGCAGCAGUCUUGCUUACACAUGAACAAAUAAAUAAGUAAAUAAAUUAAUAAUUAAAGACGUGAACUGCAAAGGGUAGAAUGGAAUCUCAUUUUCUUCACUUAUUCUAUGAACCUAAAGUCAUCCUGGUAAAACAUAAUAAUGUCUCCUGUUCCAGCAAACUGCAAAUAAUUUCAUGUAAUAUGGAUAACUGAAUGCAAACAAUUCAAGUUUUGCUGUUAGAUGCUAGCCGUAAACUUUUAUGAAAACAACUUUAAAUUAUUGAAAUUGGUAUUUCCUGAUAUUGUUUGCUUUCUAAAGUGGUACCAAGCAGGUCAAAAACUUUUUUCCUUUUUCUUCAUAAUACAGAAAGCCACCGACACCGAACACUUUGGUACUGAACCAUGUAAUGUCACCCUUCUUUUUUAUAAAUCUAACACACCAUUCAGAGUUACAAAGGCUAAAAACAAUAGACUGCUUCAUACCUAUUAAUGAGCUUCUUCCAUGCUCAUUUUUUUUAUGUGUUUGACAAAAUUGCAUGUGUGUGCAAGUUUUUUUAACACCCUUUUCAUGUGAAUGGAGUUAUUACAGUGUAGGCACACAAUAUGUGCACAGUAUUACAUUGCAGCUAGUAAGCUCAAUUGCAUAAUAUUUACAUUAAAUUUUUAUAAAAAAUUUAACAUUAUGCAUAGUCCUUAGACUUUUCAUAAUAAAAUUUGAAUUAUAAAAUCUGUGCUAAUAAGUAUCUAAUAUACUUAAGACUUAUUUUAUGUAAAAUUG